UUGAACACCUCACAGCUAGUAUAUGCAUAGAUAUGUUUUUGUUUUUAUUUAAAUUAUGAUGAUCAUAUAAAUGAAAAGAGGAGAUAGAUAUGUGUAGAUUCUUGUGACUCUCUCCAUACCUACUUUAUCCAUCUCAACUAAAUAUACUUUGCUUUGCUUCACAAGGGUUUCUGCAGAAUCAGACCAGAGGACUGAGGUGAUGGAUAAAGUUUGUGAAUACUGCAAGGUUUUGAGGCCAAUUGUUUAUUGCAAGGCAGAUUCAGCAAAUCUAUGCCUUCAGUGUGAUGCGAAGAUUCACUCAGCAAAUGCUCUUUCAAACAAGCAUUCGCGCACCCUUCUGUGUGAGUCAUGCAGGAGCCACUGGGCUUAUAUUCAGUGUUCUAAUCAUCAGAUGUUCAUGUGUCGUAGGUGUGACCGCAGCAAGCACAAUGUUUCAUCUCAACACCAGAGGCGUGUGGUUAGUAGUUAUCUUGGCUGCCCUUCCGCUAUGGAUUUAGCAGCUUUGUGGGGAUUUGAUUUGGGUGCUUAUGCUUUUAAUUAUAGUGGUAACCAAGAUCAGUUUCCGUCCACAUCACGUCCGUCUGUGGAUACAGGCACAGUUAGUUGUCACGCACUACUGCAAUCUCCUUCUCAACCUGUAGGCUCUCCAGGAUUAUCCAAAGUGGAAUAUCUGACUUCACGCUCAAGCACUGAACAGAAAGCGGGAUUAAAAAGUAAACAUUCCAAGGCAUUUCUUAAAGGCAAACAAGAGGAAAGUACUUGCUUAAUUCUGCAACAAAUUCUUGAUUUAAAAAGGCUUCAGUGCAGUGAUGGAAGUAACUGUUCAUCUUUCAUACUUUGCCAAGAAAAGCCUGAUGUGUCCUCACCUGAAGAUUCUGAAAACUGGAAACUUCACAACAAGCUUAACCAACAAUUCCAGGAUUCCCCUGGUCUUGACUCCGAACUGCAGCAGAUAGGCAGUCCUGAAGACGACCUUGAUGUAGAUUCUUUCCCUUUGUCAUUCUCUCAGUUGGACCAUUUAACCUCAUCUUCAAUUGGUGAAACGACUUUGCAAGGAGAUGCUAUUUGGCAAUGCAAAAGCCCAAAUCAGAGUGGCCAGCUAUGGUCCAUUAAUAUGCAAGACCUUGGGGUUUGUGAAGAACUAGGUUACUUCGAUGAGCAAAGCAUGCCAGAUAUUGAUUUGACAUUUCGAAAUUUUGAAGAACUCUUUGGAGGGGGUGAGCAAGAGCCAACAAAAGCACUUGGAAAUGAUUUAUCGCAAAGAUGUACCACUUUGGAGAAGGAUAUAUCUUCCGAUAACCAGGAACAUGAGUAUGCCAGUGGGAUGGAGGAGAGCAGGCAACUGAAAGCCAGUGAAAUGGUCAGAACAGGCUACAAAGAGAAAAAGAAGAUCCGACGAUUCUGAAUAUUACAUAUUCACGUAUGAGAAACAACUUCAGAAGGCAUCUACAAGAGCUGGAGAUGAUGUACGAAGGCAUUCAAAAGAUUGACGACUGAAUUUAGAAAACUGCAACCUGCGGAAUGGAGAUGCAGAACACUAGCAAAGACCUGUUUACGUUUGCUUGAACAUUAACAUCCAUUUUCUGUACAUUAAAAAUGAACAUCAGGUACACAUGUCUAGCAUGUCUGCUGGUAUACUCUUGCAAUGCAUUUACGUAAUAUAAUUCUUUUAGUUCCUAA